AUGAAGACUAGUUCGUCCCAAUUUGAUUUGAUGGUGACAUAUAUGGAGCAGCAUGGAGAUCUCAGCAAACCAUCGAAUAAUGCUAGAGGUAGGAUAGCUUGUAUAAAAAACUGGGAGGAGUUAGGUCAAUUUUUGAAUAGUGAUGGUAGUGGUGAUACAAAAAGUACUGAGAAAUGGAAAAAGGUUUGGAGUGAUUAUAAAAAUAAUAUUAAAAAAAAGGCUGCUCGUCUACAUAAAGCAGCUAGAGGUACUGGUGGUGGGCCUGCUACACAUGUCAAAUUAACAGACUUAGAACAAAGAGUCCUAAAUUUGAUUGGUUUACAAGUAGCUACGGGCUUGGCAGUUGAAGAGGCUGGGCUGUCAAAGGGGACUUAUGUUCAGGCUAAUCCCUCAGUGAACCUUGAACAAGGAAUACCAACUCCACAACCACCUCAAUCAGUAGAAUGUUCUCAGCCAUGGAACGACCCAGGGCCAUCAACACAACCUCAUGUUGCCCCAGCAAAUACUGUGACAUCUCCGGUUAUUUCAUUUGUGGAGGUACAAAUGGAAAAUACGGGCACACUCUCUCCAACUAUGCUCUCAUCUCAAGUCCAAGAUAGUCAACCAGGGCCUGCUUUGUCGGGGCAAACUACACCUUGCCGUGCAAGACCAAUUCGUACUCGAAGAUCACCUCGAAGACGAGUGAGGCCAGCACACACAGAGCAGGCAGCACAACAGUUUCUCAGAGCCGUAGAACACUGGAGAAACUUUAAAAGACAGCAACACCAAGACUACAUGGACUUGAGAAGGGAGCGAAAUAGAAUCAGGGAGUUGGAACUUCAGUCUCAGAGAGAGUGGCAAGCAUUAGGAUUAAGAGCUAUAGAUAUGUUAGAUAAAGUAGUUAAUAAGUAUUGUAAAGAUUAG